GAAUUGAACAUCGAAUUCCGAUUCGAUAGUAAGCACGUAGUACUGGUGCUGACUCUUAAUUCCGCUUAAAUCUUUGAAUAUUUUGUAACCUAAACAAUUGAAUUAUUUAAUUAAUUACGAAUAAAAAUUUUUAUUCGUAUUUACAGUAUUUAAGCAUUACCAGUUCAGCAUUUAAGAUAAAAUGGGUGCCAAAUCUUUAGCAUUAUCAUUUAGUGUACAAGCAGAAUGUAAUGUUUCGCGAGCUCGUGCUGGUCUCAUGAAACUACCACACUAUGAAAUUAAAACACCGGUUUUUAUGCCUGUUGGAACUCAAGGUACGAUGAAGGGUUUAUUACCCGACCAACUUGAGACUUUAGACUGUGAAAUAAUUCUAGGUAAUACUUAUCACCUGGGAAAUCGACCAGGAACUGAAGUUCUCGAAAAAGCUGGUGGUCUCCAUAACUUCAUGGGAUGGAACAGAGGCCUCUUAACAGAUUCUGGUGGUUUUCAAAUGGUAUCAUUACUUAAACUGGCUGAAAUAACUGAAGAGGGAGUUAAAUUUAAAUCACCAUAUGAUGAUUCUGAAAUAAUGCUUACACCAGAGAAGUCCAUUGAAAUACAAAAUUGUAUUGGAGCUGAUAUCAUAAUGCAACUAGAUGAUGUUGUACAGACAACAUUUCAAGAUUAUGAUCGCAUUAAGGAAGCUACUGAAAGAACUAGUCGAUGGUUAGAUCGUUGUCUUAAAGCCCACAAAAGACCUACAGAACAGAGUAUAUUUCCUAUUGUACAAGGAUUAUUGAAUAAAGACUUAAGAGAGCAAAGUGCCAAAGACCAUAUGACAAAAAAUGUCAAUGGAUUUGCAAUUGGAGGCUUAAGUGGCGGUGAAGCCAAGGAUGACUUUUGGCCGAUGGUCAGUCUUGGUACAGGAAUACUAGAUAAAAAUAAACCUCGAUACUUAAUGGGUGUUGGAUUGGCAAUUGAUCUUGUUGUCUGUGUUGCACUUGGAAUAGACAUGUUUGACUGCGUAUUUCCCACAAGAACUGCCAGAUUUGGAUGUGCUCUUAUAAACAAGGGACAAUUAAAUUUAAAGCAAAAGCAAUAUGAAACAGAUUUAAAUCCAAUUGACAAUGAUUGCUCAUGCUCUACUUGCAAAAAUUAUACAAGAGCAUAUUUACACUGCAUAGUCACUCUAGAAACAGUGGCGUGCCAUUUGAUUUCAGUACAUAACAUUGCUUUUCAGAUGCGUCUAAUGAGAACAAUGCGAGAGCAUAUUGAGAAGGGAACAUUUCCUCAAUUUGUAAAAAAGUUUGUAAAUGAGUUAUAUAGUGAUGGGAAUUAUCCAACAUGGAUAGUCAAUUCUUUGAAUUCAGUUGGAAUAAACAUAGUUAGAAAAUAAAAAUAUUUUUUUUUUUAUUUAAAUAAUAGAAAUUUCAAUGAAAACCAACAUGCUGUGUAUUAUGUCAUAUUUUCCUUGUUUGCUCAAAAAGAAACAUAAACACUUAUCAUAGCGAGCUAAGCUCAUCUCGCUUUGAGAGAGCUAAUGCCAAGAUAUAGAUAUGAAUGCAAAUAGUAAGUAUAAUAGAAGUGAUAUGAAAGCAGAAUUAAUACUAUAUAAAUAACAUAGAUCUUUAAGAACUAUAUAAUAGGGACUAUUAUUAUAUACAUUUCUGUUUAUCGUUUUACCCUCAUUAAAAUAGCAUAAGGCAAAAAAAAAAAUGAUAACACUACUGAGAGAGAAAUGUGGAUUAGAAUAUUGUGUAGUGACAAAGAGUGAAAGUCAGAAACUGUGUUAUACCUAUCUGCCUAUUUAUCAGUAAUUGUGAUAUGAGUAAAAUAUCUCAUUUAUAAAAAAUUGUAAUUUAGGUUUAACAAAAUAUUUUAUCAUUACAUUAAUUAUUAGAUUGAUAGUUGACUCCAAAAAAAAUCACAAGUUUAAGAGUGCUUUUACAGCAAAAACUGCACACCAUGCUGACACACAAACUAGUUAGGGAUUGUAUCUGUGACUGAUUAUUUAAAUAAUACUAAUAUCAAUAUUUUUAAAAUAUCAUUCAUUCAAUGAAAUUCUUAUUAUUACUCAAAAUUGAUAUUUUAAUGGUAAAAAGUAUUUAAAAAUUUUAGAAUCAAAAUAAUAUUAUGAAGAAGGUGCCAAAUUUUUAAUAGUAGGUUUAUUAUUUAUUAUCAACUAAAAGAGCUUGUCAAUUUUUCAAUUAAGUCUUGAAUGUACUACUUAUUGUAUAAUUAACAUUUUAGUUAUCAUAGUAUUCUUUAAAUAAUAAUCAGCCUAAAAUAUUAAAAAUUGACAUGUAAUUGCUAUGUUACCACACUUUAGUAAGUCUUGGUAUGAACCCCC